AGGGAGAGAGGGUGGGGAUUUAGUACAAGCAAGAAUACUCGGCAUCAGGGGCAGACGGAUACGUUUUGGUUGAUUUCGCGUCUGCAAUAUUUGCAGCACUGCGGUGUGGCAUCACACAAAGAAUUAAGGUAGAAGAGCGGACAUAAGAGACCUAGGUAAAUAACUAUCGCCAAACAUUUUUUUAAAAUCUGCGACAUUCGAGACACAGGUAUUAAUGGCGGUCGGGGGCAGAACGAGAGUAUUGCCGCCCCUCCCACCACCUUAAUAAUAUCAGCUUCUCUCAUCUGGAAUCGACGCUGGUGAUUUCUGACAACGUACAGCGGUAUCUAUAAGAAAAAAACAUCUGCGCGCCUGUUAGUGAAUGUUUUACUCGGGAUAUUCGAAGACUUUUAUCAUGUCACAGUGCUCCCCAUUUUCUUCGUCUCUGGUUGCACUGCGCUUGAAAUGAAAUGAAAAAUAGAAAAUAAUUAAUUAAUCUAAAACGUCGAGAAGAUCGGAUUAAAUAGAAACAGGAAGGCUGUUUUUUUUUUUUUUUGCGUGUGCUCACGAGUUGUCAACCGGGACGGAUUCGGCUUGGGAAUGUAAUUAUCACACCCCAGCGCCACACGUGAAAUAGACUGUUCUCAGAACGAAUCUUUUUUUAUAUCCACCUUCAUGCGAAUGCUGAAUGCCGAAUAAAGAAGCGCCCUUCGGACGGCUAGCAAACCGCUGUAGCCUACAGAUGCCUGCCUCGUCUGCCAUUGAGAAUCGUGCACACACAGUAUUAGACACUCCAGGACAACUGUCGCACACAAGGAGAGCUUAUUCUUUAUUUCUGAUUGAUUUCUCCCAUUAAACAUUUAAAUAAAUAUAUACAUUUAUAUCUUUCAUUUCAUUCUUUUCGGUUUAAUUCGGAACUGGAAUCAUGCUGGAUAUGAAGAAACGUCGCACAGAGAAUAUAACAUUAUGCCUUUUGUGUCGCUUUAACUCAAAAUAUUGACCAAUAAUCAAGCUAUCCACCAGUCAGUCAAUCGGUCAAUAAACAAUGACCGGUUCUGGUUACUGCCGAGGAAGACAGAACCGACUGUGGACUUGAAGAAUUAGUUCGUGUGCAUAUUAAUAUUUUGUUAAUUAUUCAAAAUAGGGCACAUUUAUGCGAACAUUCGUAUUUGAUUGUGCUUUUCAUUUAUUGAUUGUUGCUGCUGAACAAAGAUUGUAGUGUUUCAGGGAUGUAAACGGAUUUCAGAAGGAAAACCUUUUUUUUGGGGGGAGAAAAUCGACACUUCGACAUACUGACGGAGAAGGAGACGGAACGACCGAUCCUUUCAUAGCGCGAGGACAUGCGUCGGAAAGCAAACCUCUAAUAUUUCAGCUGCUCUGAAAAGAAGAAAAAAAAAACAUUUGCAUAAAAGCAUAAGCAAUCGAGUUGCGAUUGUUAAUAAUGGUAUUCUUAGAUGUACCCGGAAACUCAGCCUUGUGUUUUAACGAACAUUUUUAUUUGUUUAUCAACAUAAUUUCGGGGGACUCUGAGCGAUCUGACUAUGGGAAGCACUCUUCAGGACAUUGUUGAAUCGAACCUGUGAAACGGACUGCGGAAGAAAUAUUUUCUCAAGCCAUUAUUAAUUUAUUAUGAUGAUGGUAUAGAGCCAUUACUAUCGCGCGUCUUAAAGGAAAGCCCGUUAUCCUAAAAACAAGCGAUGUCGCAUGUUUUAUUAUUUUGUGUAUUUGUCUCUGGCGUAUUGAUGUGAGAGUUACCCUGCUAUGAGGGAAAUUUCGCCUUCGUUCUGGUCGUUUUUGACUGGGCGGAUUUUUCUCGCUUCACGCGCACGGGCUCGCGGGUCUGCCUGGAAGAUAUCAUCUUAUUAAUUUUUAAUCUUUAUGCAUCCGCGCAAAGAAGGAGCAAACAACGGAUAACCAGAGAGGGAGAGAGAAACGGGAAGAACGCGGGAAUGAAUGAGAGCCACUGAGCAGCGGAGGCCGGAGAUUGGAGGAAGCAAGGCACUCACUCGGAGAGAGGGCCCCGCCCCGCCCCACCCUGCCCCGCCCGCUGACCGCGCCUAAAACCUCCACCUCGCAUCGAGCAUGGCGCUGCCGCUGUGGAUCCUGUGGACCUGCGCUGUCACUCUCAGCAACAUCGCCCCCUCUGCUCAAGCUUUGAGUCGGUCAGCGAUGCCGUUCGGCCUCAUGAGACGGGAGCUGGCUUGCGAGGGCUACCCCAUCGAGCUGCGCUGCCCCGGCAGCGAUGUCAUCAUGAUCGAGACGGCCAACUACGGCCGCACCGACGACAAGAUCUGCGACGCCGACCCCUUCCAGAUGGAGAACGUGCAGUGCUACCUGCCCGACGCCUUCAAAAUCAUGUCCCAGAGGUGCAAUAAUCGCACGCAGUGUGUGGUGGUAGCGGGGUCCGACGUGUUCCCUGACCCCUGCCCUGGGACCUACAAGUACCUGGAGAUCCAGUAUGAGUGUGUCCCCUACAUCUUUGUUUGUCCUGGGACUCUCCUGCGGGUCCAGGCCGCCAGCUCUGUGCAGGAGGCGGAGCACCAGUCGGGGGCGUGGUGCAAGGACCCCCUGCAGUCGGGGGACCGGCUGUACGUCAUGCCCUGGACCCCCUACCGCACGGACAUGCUGUACGAGUACGCCUCCUGGGAGGAGUUCCGCCAGAACCGCGCCACCACCACCUACAAGCUGCCGAACCGGGUGGACGGCACGGGCUUCGUGGUCUACGACGGCGCCGUGUUCUACAACAAGGAGCGCACGCGCAACAUCGUCAAGUACGACCUGCGCACGCGCAUCAAGAGCGGCGAGGCCAUCAUCGCCAACGCCAACUACCACGACACCUCGCCCUACCGCUGGGGCGGCAAGUCCGACAUCGACCUGGCGGUGGACGAGAACGGCCUGUGGGUCAUCUACGCCACCGAGUCCAACAACGGCAGGCUCGUGGUCAGCCAGGUGAACCCCUACACCCUGCGCUUCGAGGGAACGUGGGAGACCGCCUUCGACAAGCGCCUGGCGUCCAACGCCUUCAUGGCGUGCGGGGUGCUGUACGCGGUGCGCUCGGUGUACCAGGACGACGACAGCGAGGCCGGCGGGGACCUGGUGCUGUACGCCUACAACACCAACCGCAACCGCGAGGAACCCGUGCACAUCGCCUUCCCCAACCCCUACCAGUACGUCUCCUCCAUCGACUACAACCCCCGGGACAACCAGCUCUACGUCUGGAACAACUACAACGUGCUGCGCUACCCACUGGAGUUCGGGCCCCCGGACCCGACGACAGAGCCCCUCACUACGACGCAGGUGUCCAGCACCACGCCCGUCCGGAUUUUCACCCCCACCGUUCCCCGGAGCUCCAGCCCCUCCACGCCCCGCCCGCUGCCCCCCACCUCUCACCCAAUCGGGGCCAUCAACAAGGGCCCGGACCUGCGUCCCAUCACCGCCACCGUCCCCGUGACCCGACGCCCGCCCCGCCCGCCGCAGGGCCCCGAGCAGCACAUGUGUGAGAGCAGGGUGGCUCGGGGGGUGCAGUGGCCCCCCACCCAGAGGGGCGAGACCGUGGACCGACCAUGCCCCAAAGGGUCUCUGGGCAUCGCCUCCUUCCAGUGCCUCACCAACCCAGUGAUGUGGAAUCCUCGCGGCCCUGACCUCAGCAACUGCACCUCCCCCUGGGUCAACCAGGUGGCCCAGAAGAUUAAGAGUGGGGAGAAUGCGGCGAACAUCGCGGGCGAGCUGGUGAACCACACGCGGGGGCGGAUCCACGCCGGUGAUGUCAGCUCCUCAGUGCGCCUCAUGGAGCAGCUGCUGGACAUCCUGGACGCCCAGCUGCAGGCCCUGCGUCCCGGCAACAAGGAGUCCGCCGCCCGCAACUACAAUAAGGUGCAGGACCCCAUACUGUCUUCUCUCUUUCACACAAACCCUGUCUUCUCUUACAUCCGGGCGGUGGUGCAGACAGUAGAUAAUCUCCUGCGGCUGGAGGCUCUGGAGUCUUGGCAGGACAUGAAUGGCACAGAGCAGGCCCACACCGCCACCAUGCUGCUGGACGUCAUGGAGAAGGGCGCCUUCCUGCUGGCCAACAACCUGUAUGACAACCGCUUCACCGACCGAGCCGACAACAUCGAUCUGGAGGUGUACGUGCUGAACACAGAGAUGGACCUGCAGGACCUGUCUUUCCCCCAGUCCUACCCCAGCGACAGCACCAUCCAGCUCUCCGCCUCCACGGUCAAGCAGUACAGCCGGAACGGUCAAGUGAAGGUGGUCUUUGUCCUCUACAAGAACCUCGGCUCCUUCCUGUCCACGGAGAAUGCCACGGUCAAAAUGGAGGUGGAGCCGGGCUCGGGGGGGCGUGGCCUCGCUGUCAACUCCCACGUCAUCGCCGCCUCCAUCAACAAGGAGUCGAGCCGCGUGUUUCUGACCGAGCCUGUGGUCUUCACCCUGAGGCACCUGCAGCUGGAGAACCACUUCAGCCCAAACUGCUCCUUCUGGAACUACUCUGAGCGCUCCAUGACGGGACAGUGGUCCUCCCAGGGCUGCCGGCUCCUGGAAACCAACCACACCCACACCACCUGCUCCUGCAGCCACCUCACCAACUUCGCUGUGCUGAUGGCCCACCACGAGCCUGCAUACCCUGGUCGGAUGCACGAGCUGAUCCUGUUCGUGAUCACCUGGGUGGGGAUCGUCAUCUCCCUGGUCUGCCUGGCCAUCUGCAUCUCCACCUUCUGCUUCCUGCGGGGCCUCCAGACGGACCGCAACACCAUCCACAAGAACCUCUGCAUCAACCUCUUCAUCGCCGAGCUGCUCUUCCUCAUCGGCAUCGACAAGACGCAGUACCACAUUGCGUGUCCGAUCUUUGCCGGCCUCCUUCACUUCUUCUUCCUGGCGGCCUUCUCCUGGAUGUGUCUGGAGGGGGUGCAGCUGUACCUGAUGCUGGUGGAGGUGUUUGAGAGCGAGUAUUCCCGGAAGAAGUACUACUACCUGUGCGGGUACUGCUUCCCUGCGCUGGUGGUGGGCAUCUCCGCCGCCAUCGACUACCGCAGCUACGGCACCAAGAAAGCGUGCUGGCUGCGUGUGGAUAACUACUUCAUCUGGAGCUUCAUUGGCCCAGUCUCCUUCGUCAUCAUGCUCAACCUGGUGUUCCUCAUGAUCACCCUGCACAAGAUGAUCCGCAACUCCUCCGCCCUGAAACCAGACUCCAGUCGCCUUGACAACAUCAAGUCCUGGGCACUGGGGGCCAUCACCCUGCUCUUCCUCCUCGGCCUGACCUGGGCCUUUGGCCUCCUCUUCAUCAACGAGAACACGGUCAUCAUGGCGUACCUCUUCACUACCUUCAACGCCUUCCAGGGCAUGUUCAUCUUCAUCUUCCACUGCGCGCUGCAGAAGAAGGUUCAUAAGGAGUACCGGCGUGACCCUGUUUCUGAUUGGUUCCAGAGCCGUAUUCGCAGGAUGUGGAAUGAUACUGUGCGCAAGCAGACCGAGUCUUCCUUCAUGGCCGGGGACAUGAACAACACCCCCACACUAAAUCGCGCCACCAUGGGGAACCACCUCUUGACCAAUCCAGUCCUGCAGACCCGCUCCGGCACUUCGCCCUACAACACCCUGCUGGCCGAAACCUUCAAUCCCCCCUCCCCCGGCGUCUUCAACUCCACCGGGACCUUCCGAGACCCAAAGAGCACUCUCUCUAAGGCCAGGGACGCGUGUGGGAUGGAGACCCUCCCCCUGAACGGAAACUUCAACAACAGCUACUCCCUGCGCAGUGUGGGCGGCACCGUGGGCGGGGCCUGCGACUUCCUCGGGGGCGGAGUCGGGGGAACGGACAGCCCCCCUCCCCUGCUGAACCCCCGGGGGGCGGAGACCCUGGGCGGGGGCGGGGUCCGGCGGAACCUCUCGGACGCGGCGGCCUUCGAGAAGAUGAUCAUCUCCGAGCUGGUGCACAACAACCUGCGCGGGGGCGGGGGCGGGGGCGGGCCCGGGGGCGGAGCCGAGCGGGCGGGCAGCCUGGCGAGGCGGGGCCGGGCCGCGGCGGCCGGGCUGCGGGGCGGGGGCGACCCGGGCGCGGACGAGGACGAGGAUUUCCUGGCGGGCGAGCCCCGCCCCGCGGGGCAGGACGUGGAGAUGCUGUACAAGGCCCUGGAGCAGCCGCUCCUGCUGCAGCGCGCGCAGUCCGUCCUGUACCACAGCGACCCCGACGAGUCCGAGAGCUACACCCCCGACCUCACCGAGAGCCUGGAGGCCGGGGGCGGGGCCGGGGGCGGCGCCGGGGGCGGGGGCUCCGGCUCGCCCGCGCGCGACUCCCUCUACACCAGCGUGACCAACCUGCGGGACUCGCCGUACCCCGACAGCAGCCCCGAGCCCCUGGAGGUGGUGCCCCGCUCCGCCCAGCCCCCCGAGGAGCUGUACUACAGCUCGGGCCGUCCCGCGCUGGGCUCCCGCGGCGCCCCCAUGCAGACCUUCUACCAGGCCCCCGCCAGGCGUCCCAGCGGCGAGGGCUACCUGGGCCAGGGCGGGGCCGAGCCGCCGCUCAACGAGGGAGAUGGACAGAUGCAGCUGGUCACCAGCCUGUGACUAGGACGCUGGUGACCAUGGCGACAAGGCUUAGGGUGAGGAUGACCUCGUGUUCGGCCAGCACACCCCCCCCCCCCCAUAUCCCACCCCACCCUCCCUCGUCCUUACUCUUCCCCCUUCGAUUUUGUUUUUGUGUCUGGUUUUUAUCUGAAAGAGGGGCGAACUGACCGGCAGUUGCUCAGAAUGUUCUUUUUCUCCGUCUCCAUGGUAGCAGAUUACUCUGUAUUUCUCCAUCACUGAACGGGUAUUUCUCCUGCACCCAUCUCUUCCUGUUCCAGCCUGCCUCUCCCUGCCCCCCCCCUACACACACACACCCUCCCUCCUCCACUCAUUUUAUUUACCUUCUCCUCCUCCACUCGUCCCGAUUCUUCCAUUCAGCCUCACUCACAGUUCAUCCCUCUUUUAUUUUCUUUCUGUGUUCCAUUCCUCCUUGCGUGUUGUUCCGAGGUCGACAGAGGCGUGCUGGUUUAUGGUAGGACAGCUCCCCCUGCCCCCCCGCCCCGCCCGCCCCGCCCCGCCCUGCCCCGCCCCGCCCCGCCCUGCCCCCUCCCACCUCUCAUCAGCUCGACAGUUUUGCCAAAAAGAAAAUCCUGCUCAGUCCAGCGCAAGGACCCACAGGGACGGCCAUGGGAGAGACCAGACAAAACGUGUUCCAUAUCAGAACCAGACAAACAUCGCGACACACGCGCCGCGAAAAAACACACGCGAGCAGACGAAACACGGGAAGGACUCGACGUGCCUGUCGGCAUGGGGACGGGGCAGCGGGGUCCUUUUUUUCCGAAGCCCGCUUUCAUGUACAGAACACUGAGGGUCCCGCCUCCACGGCGACCCCGCCGGGGUACGGAGGGAGGUCAGAGGUGAAGGGUCAGGGGGUGGGGCCUGGAGUGAACCACUCUGGGGAGGGAGGGAGGGGAGGUGGGAAUGACUGUGUCCUGCUCAGGACACGUGUUUGAGCAGAGAAACUGCCCGCCCCCCCCCUGCCCCGUUCCGUGAACUUUCUGAGGACAAUGAGGUACUGGAAACCUGGCUGCCAUCACCGCGUUUCCCCCCACCCCCCCACCCCCCUCCUCCGCCUCUCUCUGGACAUUUCCAAGUGAACCUGGACACCAGUCGCCUGUGUGUUGUCAUGGCAACAAGGAUUCUAACUGUUGCAACUUACUAUUCCAGCUAUUAUUCUACUUCUACCUUGUAAAUAGGAACCAAAUGAAAAAAACAAAAGCAACAAAAAAGAAACAAAGAUAUGAAAAAUAAUUUCUUGUAUCGCAACAAACCUUCAAAAGAAGAAAAUGUACAGGAGUUUGUGAACUGAAUGAUAUACACUCUCUCACUCUCUCCUUCCUUCUAGGUCUCUCUCUGUCUCUCUCCUCUUUCCUUCUAUUUUUUUCCCUCCUCUGAUCUGCUCAUCUCUAUCGAUAAUUCUCUGCCUCUCUUUUCUUCAUUCCAGUUUUCUCUCUGCUUUGGUUCACCUCGCUCUUUCUCUCACACUCUCUCUAUCUCUCUCUCUUACUUUGCUGUGACCUCUCUCCACUGGGUAAAGAGAGAGUGAAAGAGAACGAAAAGGCAAGAAAGAUUUUGCAUACAAAAUAAAAAUAACAAAAAAAUCUUCCUGGCACAAUUUUUAUGUAAUAUAAUCCAUUACAUGUUGUUAAUGUUUGACCUCUGACAUUCCCAGCAGGAAGGGUAGAGGGAUGGGUACAUAGGGGACUUCGAGCUGCCACAGGGAAGCAUUGCGAGUAGAGGGACGGCAGCCAUGUUGGGAGGGAGUUUGUGUUUGUUGGGAGGAGGGAAACCGCAGAUAUAAAAUUAAUAGAUUGGCUAAGCCCGUAGAGUGUAACGUUUAAAUGGAUGUGAGUCAGUGGUGGCCAUAUUGGACAGAAACCAUUCAUCAAUGAGUCUUUGUUCAUUUCACGUUUCAAAUGUAAAUCUGUGGUAGAUGCUGCUGUGUCAGAGUCAGGUGGCUCUUCACUGUGUCUGCUCCUGCAGAACACCGCAUUGAACCGGUUGAGGCCAGCGCACAACUCGCAGAGCGCCGCAUCCAAUCUAGUAGUUCUAUAUCUAUGUGAGGGAGCUGGAUCUGCAGCUUUCAGCUCAUUGACGCGGGGCGGACAUUUUGUGUUCAGUUUCCUCACAGGGAAAAAAAAAAAGAAGAAAAAAAAAAGCGAACGGGAGACCGUUCUGUUCCGCGAUUUAUAUUUGAUUGACAACAAAAUGGACGAAUGAAGUUUGAGUGCAAGAGCAACAGACACAAUACUGAAACCCCGACUCCUUUAGGGGGGCCCUCGUUAUGCAAACGACUUUAGAUUUAAAAAAAAAAAAACAACAAAAAAAAAACACAUGGACUGACAGCAGAUAUGGGGGAGAACUCAUCCCCCCCACCCCCCACCACCCCCCGAAACUGGUCCUUAUUUUAACUGUGUGGGAGAACACGCCAGAGUCCGUUUUUAUCACUGUCUGUUUACUCAUUUAUUUAUUCAAAUAAAUAAUUCAAAUAUUUA